AGAUAUGAGAAGAAAAUAUAAUACAAGAAGUCGGAAUAACAAUAAAAGGCAAAACAAAACGCGAGAACAACCUGCAACGAAAGCUAACUCCGAACACGAAGCUAGCGAACACGAGGAGGACGCAACGGAGAGAAUGGAACAGGACCACACAGAGAUGCUGCGAGAGGGACUCGCUACCAUCAGUAAAGAUAUAAAAGAGCUCAAACAGGAGUUACGACACGAACUAAACAUGUUUAAAGUCGAGCUGAAGAGGGAGAUGAAGGAAGAAAUCACCAAUCUCCAGCAAGAAAUAGACUGUAAGCUCACAGAAAACCACCGCGAGCUACAGAAACAACAGGCGAGCAUCACAGAAGCACAGACCCGCAUAGCUGAGCUGGAGGAGUGGAAGACAGACGCCAACGAGACACUGACGGCGGUGUGGGAGCAGACAUGUCGGAUGCAAGGGAAACUAACUGACCUCGAAGGAAGAUCAAGAAGAAAUAAUAUCCGAGUUUUCGGCCUACUGGAGGAUACCGAAGGUAGCUCCACAUCCAAAUACCUGGAGCAGCUCCUGAGCGCUGAACUCGAGUUACCAGAGGGAACUAAUCUCCAGAUCCAACGGGCCCACAGGUCGCUCGCCCCAAAACCGAGCCAGAGCACUUUUCUUUGA